AGGCCCCAGUUUUUGAGGUCCAAGUUAAUUCACACGAAUAGCCUGUGCCUGCCAUGCUCGCGGAGUUGUGCCUUCCAUCCUGCCUGGCAACGGAGCUGAGCGACUAUGUAGUCACUGGAGAGAAUGAGAUGGGCUACUGCCACGCAGCUAGCAUGGCUGACCCACAGUAUGUCUUCACAGAACUGCAGCCUAGAGUCCAGCUCUUGCUUGCACCCAGGCUCAUGGAGGCGGCAAAUCUCCGCAUUCCCGAGCCAGCAAAGGUGGCAGCCCCACUGGCAGCCCCACCGGGCUUGGAGGGCCUAGCGUUUGCACCUCCUGGCCAAGUACAUCCCAGACCCCAAGUCCUCGCUAGCAAGGUGCAUGCGACACAAGUCCGGGGUUGUGGCAACCACCCAAAGUGUCCAUCCUUGCCCUUCCACUUCGCGCCGGAGUUCCUGGCUCGAGGGUCGGGUGCUGAGAGGCAGAGAGAAGUCCAGGGGAUGGAGGAGAUCAUUGACAGAGCCCCGUCAUCCCCUCCCUCUUCCCUAUCUUCCUGUACCUCGUCACCCUUCGGCUCACCAGUUUCGGUCUCACAUGGCGCCUGGCCAGAGGGAACUACGACCGUGAUGGUUCGCCACAUCCCCAACCGGUACACCACGGAGGAGCUGCUUGAAGAGGUGGUAAAACGGGGCUUCGCUGGCACCUUCGACUUCUUGUACCUCCCUAUUGACUUCGAGACCAAGAAGAACAAGGGCUAUUUUUUUGUGAAUAUGCUCUCGGAGGAGCUGGUCUGGUGCUUUAGGGACUCCUUCUCCAGCCACAGGUUGGAGAAGUACAAGUCCCAGAAGGUGCCGGAAGUCGCUGCGGCAGUGACGCAAGGAUUUGAAGCGAACGUCUUCAAGUACCUUCAGACGCAGCAAACCCGCAUUCUCAACCCCUGGUUCAAGCCCAUGAUCUUCCGGCCCGGCCCUGUCGACAAUGUUUGGACCUGCCAGUCUUUGAACAUCAGCGUCCUGCCUUUGCCGCUGAGAGAGCAGUUGGGCAACCGACGCGUGCGCCGUGGCAAGGCCAAGGAAGCAAGGUCGAGGGAAAAGGAGACAAGUGAGGAGGAUGCCCAGUAGGCCAGGCAACGCGGAGUAUGCAUGACGUUUAAGAGCUAGCCGGCCCUUGCAUUCCAUGCAAGGGCCUCCGUCCAACCCACUUCCCAUUUUCUUGGUGGGCCGACGAGCAAGCAUGACACAAUGCAACUGUCACUGAGCUGGUGGCAGCCCAAUAUUCUUGCACAUAUUCACCCAAUGCCAAUAAAGCUGAAGGAAC